CGUGUGGUGUGUCUGUCUUGCUCGAGGAACUCCGCCGCCUUUGAGAGGUGAAGCAGCGGCAACCCUAAUCCCUACCUUUUCCAAAUACCAAUCGUGGUACGGUCUCAUUCUUUGCCUUCUUGCUUCUUGCUUCUAAUCGUGCAGUCGGCCAAUAUCUGAUUCUAGUUGCGCAUUAUUCUAAACCUUUGUUGGUUUUCGUGUCGAUCUUUCUGCUCCGAUAUUAUAGAGAGUGUUCCCUUUGUCUGGAAUCAUGGCAGCGUCUAUCCAAUUUGCCCUUCAAUCUCCUAUUACCGGAAAUAAGAGGAAUUCGGAGACCUCUAUUGGCGUAUCAUCGAGAUUUUGUUAUAUUAAGCUCGGAACUGAACCUUCUAUGAGAUGGGUCUGUGGAAAGAGGAAGUGUAGUUAUGAUAGAAGAAUUUUGACGGUCAGCUGUCAGAAAGGAGUAACGUCUUCCUCCAAGGAGGGUGAGGCAUGGAAGCAGAGUUUGGACGGUGAAGCAACGCCACUGAGUGUUGUGAUGAAAUUUGGCGGGUCAUCAGUCGCUUCGGCGGAGAGGAUGAAAGAGGUAGCUGACCUCAUUAUAAGCUUUUCUGAGGAAAGGCCGGUGAUCGUUCUCUCUGCCAUGGGAAAGACGACUAAUAAACUUUUGCUGGCUGGUGAGCAAGCAGUUUGCUGUGGCGUCUCUAAUGUAUCAGAAAUUUGUGAGUUAGGAUUGAUAAAAGAGCUUCACCUCAAGGCAGUUCUUGAACUCGGGCUUGACAAGUCUAUCAUAUCUGUUUUGUUGGAUGAGUUAGAACAACUUCUGAAAGGUAUUGCAAUGAUGAAAGAGCUAACACUUCGCACAAGAGACUAUCUGGUUUCAUUUGGAGAAUGCAUGUCUACACGAAUCUUUGCGGCAUAUCUAAACAAAAUUGGUGUAAAAGCACGACAGUACGAUGCGUUUGAUAUUGGUUUCAUAACCACAGAUGACUUUACAAAUGCAGACAUUUUGGAAGCAACUUAUCCAGCCGUUGCCAAGAAGUUACAUGGUGAUUGGAUUAAGGAUUCAGCAAUUCCUAUUGUUACUGGCUUUCUUGGGAAGGGUUGGAAAACUUGUGCUGUUACAACUUUAGGCCGAGGAGGAAGUGACUUGACUGCUACAACUAUUGGCAAAGCUUUGGGAUUACGUGAAAUUCAGGUCUGGAAGGAUGUUGAUGGUGUCUUGACUUGUGAUCCUAAUAUAUAUCCCAAAGCAAGGCCUGUUCCGCAUUUGACAUUUGAAGAGGCAGCUGAGCUUGCCUAUUUUGGUGCUCAGGUUUUGCAUCCCCAAUCUAUGAGACCUGCUAGAGAAGGUGAUAUACCAGUGAGAGUAAAAAAUUCCUACAAUCCUCAAGCUCCUGGUACUGUUAUUACAAAGGAGAGAGAUAUGAGUAAGGCUGUCCUAACCAGCAUUGUUUUGAAGUCAAAUAUUACCAUGUUGGAUAUAGUGAGCACUCGAAUGCUUGGUCAGUAUGGUUUCUUAGCCAAGGUUUUCUCCAUAUUUGAAGAUUUAGGGAUCUCUGUCGAUUGUGUAGCAACCAGCGAAGUUAGCAUUUCUGUGACACUGGAUCCCUCAAAACUCUGGAGUAGGGAAUUAAUUCAGCAGGCAAGUACAGAAGAACUCGAUCAUGUGGUUGAAGAACUAGAGAAAAUUGCAGUGGUUCAUCUCCUUCAGCAUCGAUCAAUCAUUUCUCUUAUUGGAAACGUACAACGCUCAUCAUUGAUACUAGAAAAGGCAUUCAAUGUUCUUCGCAAGAAUGGAGUGAAUGUCCAGAUGAUAUCUCAGGGAGCAUCGAAGGUGAACAUUUCCUUAAUAGUUCAAGACAGUGAAGCAAAGCAGUGUGUGCCUGCUCUACAUGCAGCGUUCUUUGAGAGUGAUUCUCUCCCAGAGCUUGAGGAAGCUGGAUUUAGCGACAAUGGAGCACCAGUGCCAUCCAUUUCUCUACUGUAGCCACCUACUAAAUGGAUAGAUAUGUUUCAUUCCUCAUUGGAUUCAUUUUUGGAUGAUGUAAUUGAUAAUGGUAGUCGUCCUAAAUUAAAAUUUUAAUGUCUAAAACUUAAAUCUUAGUGUCUAGUGGAUGUCUUCAUCGAUAAUGACAGUGUUAAUUAAAUCUUAAUGCCUAAUGGUACUUACUCUUAAUUUAACAUGCUACUUACUGUUUGUUACAACAUGAGGCCACCAGUAUUAUACUAUAUUGGUCCAAGCAUGAAUGAUACGGGUACGUGACUGGUUUUUUCCUACAAUGAAUGCUGCUAUUCCGACAGUCAUGGGCAUCACAACUUGUCCUCUAUUUAAAUGAUAGACUUUUGACAGCAAUUCUUUAUUAUUAAUUUCCAAUUAAAUUGUUCCAUUAUUCUUUGGUCAACAGCAUAAUUAAACAGCAAAAAAUACACAGAAAUUUGAGUUGGCCAUGUGUACAGCUCCAGUAAGGUGUCAGACUUGAGAAUUUUCUCAUCCUCCAUGCGUUAACGCAAGCCUUCAUCUACCUUAUUCUAAACCAGUAUCAUGUGAGAUGCUCAUGAAAACUACAACACAUGCAAUUAUCUGUUUUCCUGGUAAACAGAACAGAAUGAAGGUUUUAUUCUUUAUGAUGAGAUCAGGCUGUGGGGUGGGGAUUGUUGGGGGGUCGGACUGAAACAUAAACUAGAGAUGAAAUUUCAGUGCAUGUCUCCUUUCCACACAAGAAAAUUAUUAGUUUUACAUUUAGCAAUUAUUACUCUGGCUGUUAGUCAUUAUGUAUGAAUCCACUGAGAAAAAGUCUGCAGUAAUACAAUUGUUUUUUUUGUCUCGCAGUAAGGUUGGUCAUGUGGAGUGUUGUGUAGAGGCGAGGACUUUUCUAGUGGCGUAUCGGCUUAGCGUGGAAAAGGUGGCUGCAUCUGCUGGUUUCAGACUUAAUUGCUGAGAGGAGAAGGAGGAGAAGGAGAAGGAGAAAAAAAAUAUUAGGAAGGAGGUUGGUAGAAAUGAGAGCAGCAGGUUAAGGCCAUGGAGAGGGAAGGGAGAAGAACACGAAGCUCCUUGAGGUCUGCAGAAAACUUGAGUCUUCCUCAGGUGCAAGUGAUUGUGAUCAGUGCCAAUAUGGAAUGCAGUCACUGCAGACAGAGGGUCUCCCAGCUCCUCUCCAAAAUGAACACAGGGUUGCUGGACUAUGUGGUGGACUUGAAGAAGAAACAAGCGACAG